AUGAAGAGAGCGUCCAUAGAAGUGGAAGGGUACACUACCCUACCACUGCAGCUACCUAAAACCCCACUCCUUACCACCCCAGCAACCCAUUACCUCUAUAUCCGCCCACACGAACCCCGAAUCCCUGACCCAGACUCCUCCCGCUGCCUCUUCAUCGUCAACGCCCCAAUCGACACAACAGACGCUCACAUCCGCCACCUCUUCGGCACACAGCUCCAAGCCGGUCGCGUCGAGCGCGUCAGCUUUGAAGAUGUCAACCUAAAGAAGAGCGCUGUCGCAGCACCAGAGAGUAACCUCUCCCACCGCAACAAAAAGCGCAAGCGCGUGACAGCAGACGAGUUCCAGUCUUUGCUAGACGAUAUUUCCUUCCCCUCAACAUGGGACAGACAGCUCCAAAAGAGUGGCGCACACGCUAUCGUCAUGUUCGCCGAUAAACCGAGCAUGGAAGCCAGUCUCAAAGCUGCCACCAAGGCCGCGAAGAAGGGAACCGCAAUUGUCUGGGGUGAGGGUCUAUCUAGUGACCGUAUCCCGAAACUAGGUCUACAUCGAUACAUGGCACACGAGCGUCUUCGAUACCCCGAUCGUGCGGCUCUGCUUCGCAAGGUGAAUGACUUCAUGACAGUCUUCGCACAGGUGUCAGAGGCGAGAAAGCGUGAAGAGAGCCGGAAGACGGAGGUUGCUGAUGAGGAUGGCUUUGUUACUGUUACGCAUGGACCUAAGCUUAACUCUCUUGCGCGUGAGGAGGAGCUUAAGGAGCUGGUUGAGCGACAGAAGAAGAAGGCAGAGGGCCUUGAGGACUUCUAUCGCUUCCAGUCUAGAGAAAAACGCAAGGAGAGACAGAAUGCAUUGCUCAAGCGGUUCGAUGAGGAUAAGAAGAAGUUGCGGGAUAUUAAGAUACGCCGCGGCACUAUCAAACCUGAUCCUAUUGUUGCGCUCAACAAAUUCUCCAAUCUCAAUCCAACUUACCAUCGACCAAUUACCUCCCGAGAUCAUCGAGGGAUCAUGUCUAACCCCACCUUGGACUCCGACGAGGACGAAGAAUUUGAAGAUGUCCUUCCGCCACAAACUUCAUCCCCAGCCCCCCAAAGACGAGCUUGGACCCCCACCCUAUAUCUUCCACGUCAGCGAUGCGAGCCACUCCGCGCAGGGUCGGAUGAAGAAACCCAGCUUCGGGGUCGCCUUAGCAUAGGCAUAGAGAAGAUUCAAUAUCGGCAGAUGAAAUCAGAGUUUGGUAUGGAUGCUACGGAUACGCUGGUAUCAGAUCAGAGGUAUAAAAGUUUUCAGGACCUUGCACUCGACGUCGAGGGAUUGGUUGAUAUGCUGUGGACCUCUGCUACACUGGAAAUGUCUCUAAAGACCUACCCAUUCGACCCCGAACCCAUACUAACCACCCUACACAAGUUCGACGCUGUUUUCGCCGCGCUGUGCAAAGGCACACAUCCUUUUUCAGGCGCACCUCUCCCAGGCUCACAGACACGACCACUCGUGACGCAGACGCAGAAAGUUCGCAUUCGCAGUCUAGCAGAGACAACUCGAGCUGCAGUCUUUGCUUCUCUGUCUUCGAACGAGGAUUUGGAUGGCUCGGACGAGGAAAAUGAGGAAACAGCGCAACCAGAAAAACCCUGGUUGAUGGAGGCGACGCGAGUAUAUGAUCAGACGUUGAUGUUGCUAGCGGAUUGA